AUGUGGUUACCAUCAACUGCUCCAUCUACCCUGAACUUUAGCUCAGGUGCUUCAUCCACAAACCACACAGACUGUCCUGAGAUUCAGGUUCCCAAGGAGGUUUUUCUGGCCAUUGCCGUCAUCAGUCUAAGCGAGAACCUCUUGGUGGUAGUGGCUGUAAUCAAAAACAAGAACCUUCAUUCUCCCAUGUACUGCUUCAUCUGCAAUCUGGCUGUGUUUAACACUAUCUGCGGCCUCUCCAAAGGCUGGGAGAACAUCAUGCUGUUGUUUACAGAUGCCGGACACUUGGACUCCCAUGGCAUUUCUGAGCGGAAAAUAGAUGACAUCAUGGACUCUCUACUCUGCAUGUGCUUCCUGGGCUCCAUCUUCAGUAUGCUUGCCAUAGCCGUAGAUCGAUACAUCACCAUAUUCCAUGCACUACGGUACCACACCCUUAUGACCAUGCGUCGUGUGGUGGUUAUUUUGCUCAGCAUCUGGGUGUUGUGUGGCACCAGUGGAGCACUCAUGAUCGGGUUCUUCAACACAUCAACUGUGAUGGUCUUCUUCGUUGUCCUCCUCUUCACAGCUCUACUUUUCAUCCUUUUGCUCUACGUGCACAUGUUCCUGUUAGCACGCCACCAUGCUAACAGGAUUGCAUCUAUGCCAGGUGCCACAUCUCGAAAUAGGAUGAGUGGUCUGAGGGGGGUGCUGACACUCACCAUAUUGAUUGGGGUGUUUGUGGCAUGCUGGGCUCCUUUCUGCCUUCACCUACUAAUUCUUCUGAUUUGUCCUCAGAACCCUUACUGUGAGUGCUAUCGCUCCCUUUUUCAGCUGCAUUUAGUGCUAUUGGUGAGCCAUGCAGUUAUUGAUCCAGCCAUCUAUGCCUUCCGUAGUGUAGAGCUACGGAACACUUUCAAGAAACUUUUCUUGUGUUCAAGUUCAAGGAUCUGA